AGACUCCCUGACUGUAUGUAUUCGUAUGGCAGCUGUCGCAGUGUAUAAUAUAAACAAAUAGUGGAUAGAACUUACGUUUUUUAAAUUAACAAAUAACGACUGUAAAUACAAUUCAAGAAUCAUAACUGAUGUACUUUCGUAACCCAAAGGAGUUGGGUGGAAUUAUACUGUUGUUGGUAAAUAUUAUUUACUUAUUCAACGUGAGAGGUAAAAGAAGGUAUCGAUAUUUAAGCGAACGAAAAAGCUAAUAAUACUAAAUGUACAAUGACUAAAUUGACCAAAAUAAAGUUUAGGGAUCAAAUGAAAUCCAACAAAAGCAAAUUGUCAAAUACCGUUUCUAUGAAACGUGGCAAAAUGAACAAGAGCAAUUUAAACUUGGUCGAGCGUGAUAGUUACUUGGUCGGUAGUAAUAUUAACAUUGAAACCGUUAUGAAUAAAGAACAAAAUGUUUUACAUGACAGAAAAAAAUGUUUCAACGAUAAAGUUACAAAGAAACACGGAAAGAAGAAAACGAUGAAAAAGAAUGUAACUGUUCCUAUUACAGAAUUGAAUUCGCAAACAUCUGAAAUUGUUCCAGAAUUAUGUAACAAGAAACUUAAUGCUAGUAUACUUUGUACUAACUCUAAUAAAAAGUCGCACGAGUUUUCAAAUUCUGUUGAAAAUACCAUCCUUUCUAAUUGCACAAUUAGAUUGUCUGUAGAAUCAAAUAAAAAAAGUUUAACAAAUGUAGUACAAAAAUAUAGAACUAGACUUAAAAAUAAACAGAAGAAUCAAGAAAUGAUACAAACAGAACCCGAAAGAAGAAUACUUGAAUACUAUCAAAAAGAUCAUAAGACUAGAGAAACCAAAAAUAGUACUAAAGCAUCGAAUACAAUUAAUACAGUCGUGUUAGGACAAGACAGUUUAAUACCUCCAGAAGAGAAACAUACUAGUCGUUUAGUAAAAAUGCAAAAUAAACGAAAAGUAAUAGAGAAAAAUGUAAACAUUAACAAUGCUCAAUUAAAUGUACAAUCACCUAGACUAUUGAGAUCCUCGAGAAAAAGGGAUCAAGUUCUAGAAGAGGGAAUAUUUGAAAUAUCAAGAAAAAAGACCAACAAUACAAAAACUGUGCUCACACUACAAAAUAAUAUAUCGACUAAUUGUAAUCGGCAACACGAGGAGCAUACUUGUUACAGAGAUGACUCUGACGAAGAAAACCAAACGGAAACUUUUAAUCGUAAUACGACGCUAGAGCAUCGUAUAAAUAAAUCGGAAGAAAAUAGUAUGAAAUCAAAUGUGUUGAGAAAUGGAAGCUUAAUUAAUUCGUCAGAACAACGGGUAAAAACAAGGUCUACGAUAAACCGAAGAUAUCAUCAGGAAACACAGAAUACUCCAACGCUUACUAGUUUAACUUCGAGUACUUCAAACAGGAAUACCCUAAAAUCGGUAUAUAUCGACAAACAAACUUUAAAUGAUGAAAAUAUAUCCGAGUUUAUGUAUGAAAAUCGUGGUAACAAGAAAAAAUUAAAUGAGACUAAAAUGUCUCGUGUAAUUCCAGCCGAAAAUAACUCGAACAUAUAUUCUUGUAAUUUACGCAACGAUAUUUCUUCCCGUGAUGAUGUAUUAAAGAAAGAUCACAGCCAAGAUCGUUCUGUUAUAAAUGUGUCACAACGUCAAAGGAACUUGAACAAUUUUGUUAUGAAUUGUCCCGAAAGAGAGUUUUUAAAGCUACAAAAUACCGAGAGUGUCACGCAAGGUAUUCCUCAAACCAAUCUUCGACAUCUAGUCGAUUCAAAAUUACAAAACGAUCGUAAUAUCUCGAUGGAGAUUGAAAAAGAGGGCACGUAUGAAAGCUGUGAAUCUGUUAAAAUUGGAAAUUUAAAAAAGAGUCAGAGUAGAAAGCUGAAAGAAACGGAAACUAGAGAAUCAGAGUAUUGUAUCCAAAUAAACGAAAACAUCGUGAUAGACAAAAAUUGUACUUACAGUAAAAAAUUGACAGUACCCUUGGUUAGAGUAGAAGAUCUUUCUUUAUAUGAAAGAUUACAACUGUUGCAUACUCCGCAUUAUAUUGAGAAGAGAAGGACGAAUCGAGAAGAGAACGAAACGCAUUAUCAUUCAACGACAGAGAAAAUAAAUAACAAAAUAAGUAUAACGAACAGACACUUAAAUAAUUGUACGAAUCAGACGACAGCUCUGAGUCGUUCUUUUGAGAAACAGAUGGAGAGUAUACAUCUGGAUAAGAAGAUUGAUACGAAUCUAAAAACUAUCGACUUCAUUUCGUUGAAUCAAUUUACUGAACAAACAUUGAAGAAUAAGGAAACAGAAAAGGUAUUCAAAGAAUCGCACGAUUAUUCCAUUCUGAUCUCGGACGAACAAUGUAACAGUACAUUUGUCAAUCACAAAUCGGUAGUUGUUAAGGAACAUGUAAAUUCUGAAGAAAAUAAAAUCCAAUUGAAAUCUGAUAAAUAUGGAUUAUACUCGCAGAAUGAAAACAAUAAAACUGAGACGUUGGAAAACAUGACGUCUAAAUUGCAAGCCGGUCAGUUAUUAGAAAACAUUUUGAAUUUUUUUUUGAAACACAAACAGGAUACAACAAACAAAGGAAGAAAAAAGUCACAGUAUUCGAACACGGAGGAGAAAUGUGGCAAAAGGAAAUGCGUUGCUAUGUGUAUCAAAUGUAAGCAAAUCUUUAAUCUAUUGCAACAGUUUUCUGGUAAAAUAGAUUUCGUACGAGACGAACCAUUGUCCAUCGAAUGCACGCUUUGCGACGUACAAAUUAAUUCGUUGUCUUGUUUUCAACAGCACAUCAUGAAAAUACAUUUACAAUGCGAAGGAAAUUCACCGGCUACGACGAGAUCGUUUGCCGUUGAAAUUAUUAAUGUUGAUGGAGAAUUGAGUAAUAACGAGAGUGGUGGUAACGAUAACAAAAAUAAUAAUAGCGAUAGUAAUAUUAGUAGUAACUUUAUUUUCGAAUGCUGUUGUUGCUUAAAGAGUUAUAAACGUAUGAAGAAUUUUAAAAACCAUAUCGAAAAGGUCCAUUACAAUUUCGACGACUCUACAUUGAAUACCAUGUUUAACACAAGUAAAUAUGAAAAAACGUACGCUUUCGACGAAAGUCCGAUUGUUGAUAUCACAAAUACGAUAUCGGAGAUUUCUAAGCAACUGGAAAGUUGCGCAAUAGAAACGCGUAAUCAGGUGGAUGGGUAUUGUAUCAACGCGAAAGAAAUAAACGUUAAGAACGACGAUAAUUCGAUAGAAAAUGUGGAACUUGAGAGAAGGAUAAGCGAAGUGAAGCGUUCAAUGAUUACUCAAAUUACAAGAAAAACUUCAACGUUAGAAAACAAUGUAAAAAGUGUAAAUACCGAAGAAGAAGAUUCAAAUUUAAAUGACUUUAAAGAAUUUCCAAAUACGAGUGAUAAUCGAGACGACACGAUGCACGAAAAACCAAAGACGCUUUGCAGACCCUCUUCGUACGUUUGUAACGUUUGUUUCAACAGGUUCAAGGGAAAGCACGUAUUUUUAUUACACAUGUCGAAGCAUUCGAUAAAUUCCAAUGUUAACAACACCGAUGCAGCUGCAAACGAGGAACAAACAAUGCGAGAAAUAUUCGGAGACAACGAUGUAAUUAAACUCGAAGACAAUGCACGUUUAUCAAAUCUAUACGUUAAAGAUUCCGAGGAUUACCGUGGUAAUAUUGUACCGUAUAAAGACUGUAACAUAUUGAAUUCUAUUACGGUAAAUAGGCAUUUAGUAGACUCAAAAUGUAAAAUUUUAACAUCGAAGUUAAUUAGCAAAGAAAUUUCCAGCGAUAAACAUGAAAACUCUGAUCGUAUAGUCAAAGAAGAAAAUAUUACGUUGGAGACAGGUGUGCUGGAUUUUAAUUAUAUGUUGUAUGUAAAUUUUACACAGAAGGGAGGAAGAGGUGUGAAAAGACGAAAUUCGCUUAAAUACAAUAUACACAUAAGAAAAAAGUGUAAAACUGAUGAUACGAUAAGGAAUAAUAAUUUUAUCAUCGAUGCAAAUAUGGAGGAAGUGAUAGUGUAUACACCAAAAGAAAUACGUUGCAAUGUCUGCGGUAAAAAAUUCAAUUCUCAGAGAAUACUGAGGGAACAUAUGUUUUUUUUACAUGAUUCUAUUUUCGAAGGUUACGAGUUAUCAAGCAUCCUCCUAAAUCAUUACUAUAAAAUGGAAAAUAUGUCCCUGCAAGAUAUCGAUACAUAUAAAAGAGGACAUAAUGUUUCACCUAAAAAGGAUCUAUUGGAAUUGUUUAUGGUGAAAAAGAAAAACAUAGGCGACAGAAGAAGAAUCAAUGAAAUGUUUAGGAAAUGCGAUACAAACAAAAGAAAUGGAAAGUGGCGUUGUAACCCGUGUAAAGAAAAUUUUGCAUUGAUUAGAAACUACUUGCGUCAUAAAUAUUAUUAUCACAACGAUAAGUCUGUAGUCCACGUUUGCGAUAAUUGCAACAAAGCGCUCACUUCGGUUGCAAUGGUAAAUAUUCAUACGUGUACCAACGUCACAUCUUGGAAAUGUAAAAGAUGCAAUCUGAAUUUCAUCAAUGGCAUAUCUUUAACGAAGCAUAAUAUGAACAAACAUUUAGAGACCAUUGGUCCACAUAUAUGCGAUUCAUGUAAAUUAAGUUUCCUUACAAAGUAUAUGCUAGAAAGACACAAGUCUGUGCAUUCGACAAUUUGUUAUUAUGGUAACGUAAACAAUGUCACAGAUUCAUUUGCAUCGGUGAAAGAUCAUUUUCCUCGUACUUUAAAUAAGACAAACAGCUCUGACGUUGAUCUCUCCGAAGAGGAAACACUCUCGUUGAGUGAUAAACGUGUCUUUCAAACGUGUUUGAACAAGCAUCCAGAAAAUGUUAAUAUAUCCUUAGAACCGGAAGCUAAUUUUACAGUUAUAUCUGUACUAUGCGAUGACGAGGAAGUAUUUAAAUGUAAUCUUUGCAACGUCGUGUGUCUUACAAAGAUACAAAUGAAAUUCCAUUUAGAAAAAUGGCAUAGUAUUAUAGUAGGAGUGUGUCAAGUUUGCAACGAUUUGUACAUUUCGGAUGAACUGAUGAAACAUUUGAUAACUCACCAUAUAGUCUUGGGCGAGUCGGACUUGAAAGAAGACGAAGAUCUUCGAAAUGAUACAGCAAGAAUUCUUGGACUGAAGCGUUUACUAUCUCUUUACGAAUAUCACAGAUUCGACAAUAUCGAAGAAAAUCAAUGUUUUAAUUGUCACGCAUGUUCGAAGGAAUUUUCAAGCAUACAGUUUUAUCGAAUUCAUUAUUUAAAGUUUCACGAUACGAUAUGUUUAUUAUGUAACAUAGAGUUCGAACACAGUUUUCAAGCAUUCGAACACAAAAUUAAGAUUCAUAUAUCGGUCAAGAAAUACCUUUGGGUAGUGAAACAAAUAAUUUCGACAAUUUUGCAGUUCAAUAAUUACGGAAGUACUCUCGAAGAUGUCAUAUUGCGAUCUAGCGAAGUAAGAAUUCACGAUGAAAAAUGAAAAUACUGUCUUGUGUGUAUAUAAUGGAAAUAAUAAAAAUAAUUCUACGAAGGAACUGUAUUAAAUUUAUUUUAAAAUACAAAUGAUAUGUAAUAUAUAUAUGUAUACCAAUUGAAAGUUAUAUUUUAAAUAGAACAUUAAGGGAAAAUUAAUUUUAAUCAACCAACGGAGCUGUACCUUGUAGUAAUAAGUAUUUAAAUGUAUUAAUGGAAAUUCUUUUCGAACUUGUGAGUGGUAUUCAAAUUUCUUCGACGCGCAUGCGAGAGCAGAAUCUGGCAUCACAGGUCUACCACACUACGAGAAAUAAAACUCUAGAUGGCAGAUAAA